UAAAGAUCGCUAUGUCGUGUGCUUGUGCCUAUCCAUUCCAUUUCCAACUCAUUCUUUCUCUUUCUUUUUGUUGGGUUGGGUUUCUUCUUCUUUGUUUCUCUUUGGGGAGUUCAUGAUGAUCACACGCGCCGUAUUGUUGGACGCGCCGGCGGGAGGAGCAGCGGAGGAGGAGUGUAGUACGUCGUCGUCGAUCGGGAGGAACAGCGACGAGUCGUCGGAGAGAUCUGUGGAGGGAGGAGAAAACGAGGUGGAAAGUUCCUACCGUGGACCUUUGCAUGCUAUGGAAACCUUGGAAGAGGUUCUUCCAAUAAGGAGAAGCAUCUCAAAGUUUUAUAAUGGGAAGUCAAAGUCAUUCAGCACCCUGGCUGAUGCUGCAUCUUCGCCCUCAGUGAAAGACAUUGCAAAGCCGGAGAAUGCUUAUAGCAGGAGGCGUAGAAGUUUUAUGGCAUUGAAUCAUGUUUUGGAGAAGAAUAGAAGCUACCCUCUAAGAUUUAGUGGUGCUGGCAUUUGCAAGAGACCAAUCAGUUUGAGUAGAAGCACUCUGGCUCUUGCUGUUGCCAUCAAUAACUCUGAGAGCAGUAGUAGUAGCAUUACGAGUGAAGACUCCGGUUCUAGCUCAAACUCCAUACAAUUACUACCCCCUCUUCAUCCCAGAAAUACAGUGGUUUCUGCUGCAUACCCAUCUUCUCCUUCGCUACAAAAUCUCUCUUCCUGGAGAUCAUUUUCCGUCGCUGAUCUACAGCAGCAUUGCGCCAUUGCUGCAACCAUGAAGAUUUCAAGUGCCUCCUCCAUCGGAAAUAAAACAGCCCAUCCAUCAUAAACAUGAUAACAGCUGUGUUAAUCAUUACUAUUUAGGUUAUUUUUAUUUGAAUCAAUAUCGUGCUCUCCUAUUUGUUGGCGGAAGCAACUUGUCUUUGCGUACGAUAUCUUCAAACUAACUUCAGUAGGAUAUGAUAUGGAUUGCCUUCAGAGCACCAACACUUUGGUAAUAA